UCCCGCUGUGGAUAUUCGGUGCUGGUGCAAUUGAAAGCGAGCCCCAAGCGGCCAAACGAGUGCGAGUGCAAAAAAACGAAAGAUGGAAAAUUGAUUUUCUUAUCAGUCAGUCAGUAACGCGGUUCCCGGCAGAGUGGGCACGGUAGCGGGCGGUGUGGGUGCGCGGGUGUGUGAAAGACCAGGACCGAGUGGAGCCAUGUACGACGACUACGCGGGCCCAGAAUCGAUCGAUCCUCGGUUCAGCCUGGCUUGACGUUUGGUGCGUGUCGACAGCGGCUGCCUCCAUAGGAACGAACGAACGGAAGAGACGAGAAAAACGCAACAUAAGCAAAUUUGAGCCACGGCUGGUUGAUGGGUGACCCGCGCGAAUCCUCCUGCAACAAGUACCUCCGGGCUUCAACGCGAAUAUGAUGGAGGAAUGAAGAAAAUCGAUUUCGAUUAGUGUGGUGUUACCGCCUUUCAGCUCUCAGCCCAGGAAGUGCAAUUUCGCGAUUUGUUUGUGGCCCAGCAAAGUUUUGACCGUGAAGUGGGAAUCGGUGGAGUUACACCCGUUUUUUGACGUCAGGAAAGUUUCGUGGGAAUAUUGGUGUCGAAUGCAAUAGCUGCUCCAGUCCGUAUCAAUCAAUAAUGUUGAAUGUAUAGUGAGCCUAAUAUUUGAAAAUAACCGAGCAGCCUGGAGCAUUUACAUCGCUGUCGCCACCUAAAAAAGGGCGACUAGAGUGACACAAUCCCAUUAGUUGAACUUCACGGUGUGCUCGCCCUACUAUAGAUGCUAUGUGAAGGGAUAGACUCGACCCGACAAACAAAUCAGUGACGGUGGUGAAGAAUCCGUGUGGGUCCGCUAUGGGUGGAAAGUGAUUAGCAUAUCUCAAGUGUUGUUUCGUUGAUACGCCGCGCCGCCACACGUCGUCGUCGUCGUCAGGAAAAUGACCGUCAACCAAGGAAUGUGUGUUCGUGCUCUGCGUUGACGGGAAUACAGCAAACAUAUCUCCAGUAGCUGGUGGAAGAGUGUAAAGUGCAACCGAAGAAAGAACCAAAAUCGAUAAAGGAUAUAUAAAUAGCUUUGUGUCGGUGGUGGUAAAAAAUGGCCGAGGGCGGAAAUCACAAGGAAAGAUAGGUCCUCGAAAAGCAACAUAUUCAACGGUUUUCAUGCCACCAAAUGCAGUGCGACGAAAUGGUGCUCGCAUUGACUGCGACCAGUGCGGCGAUAAAAAUAGUUACAAAUAGCUGAAUUGGCUUUUGUGGUUUAAAAAUAGAGUCAAUCAUGGAUUGCUGUAGCAGUAAUUACAUGGAUUUCAGACAUUCUAUGAAUAAUAACUUUUGCUAUCCGUACUCGCCCAGCAUGAUAAGAAGUGCGUCACCAUAUCCACUCCCCCCAGGGAGUGGUAGCCGCUACGGAUCCGAUUACCGCGGGGGCUAUUACGAGGCCAGCAGCUUCGAUAAAUAUUAUGGCGGUUAUCUUCCUCCAUCCGGGUCUGGCCCUCCAUACGCUGGUAACUAUUACGGAAGCUCGUAUUCGUCCUACCGAGAGCUGGCCUACAACGAAUACUACCAUCCAUCGUCACCGUCUUCGCAUCCUUUUCCUGGGCCUGUGCCCGGAAGCUUCCAUGGACCGCACAUGUUCAAUCGACAUCAAUCGCUUCCGCUUCCGUUUCAGCGAGAAUCCUAUUAUCAUCAGAGAGAUCACCAUCCAUAUGCUGCAGAGAACUUUAGUAAUUUCUCCAGUAAUCCUUACAAAAGAGCAGAUUCUAACCAUGCCAGCAGCGGCAGUACAACAAACUCAAGUACGGGAAAUAGCACGACGGUAAACGGCAGUUGCAGCAGUCCCAGCAGCAGCAGCACUGCUGGAGAAACCCCCUUGUACGGCUACACGCAUAGCCCAGAUUAUUCGGCACAAUCCUAUAAUUCCGGCAGUAGCCCAAAUCAUCCCCAUCACCAUCGGCAUCAUCCGCUCCCACACCCGAGUCCCGGCGAAGGUGGUGGAAGCAGCUAUACCCCAUCCACAAUGCCAAAUGCAACAGGAUAUCCUCACAGCAUAAAGGACGCAAGAAUACGGAAACUGAAGGAGCGCAAACUGGCGAAAUCGGCGUCCCACGGCAAUGGGAGUCCCAAUCGUGGCCAAAACACCAACAGCACCAGCAGCAGCCCCAAUCCCGGGAGCUGUGGGAGCAACAGCAGCGGCACCGAUGCACGACUGAAAUCACUGGAUGCACUCGCU